GCCGGCUCAGCUGGACGUUCAGCUGCUCCAUGGCCCGUUCCAUCCUCCCCAAGCUGGAUCUGGAGCUGGAUCUGGAGCUGGAUCUCCAGGACGAAGCCUCGGCCGUCGGGAUUAUCUGAUUGUCAUGGAGUUCUGUUGUUCCUGAGAGUCAUCCAUUGGCCGAAACCCAACUCCGUGUGGUGGAUACACUUUUAUAAAAAACCAACCAUGGGGAAGAGGAAGGUUCCUGAUCUGUAUAGAGCCCCGUUUCCAUUGUAUGCCAUUAAAAUGGACCCGACAACAGGGCUGGUGAUCACAGCAGGAGGAGGAGGCGCCUCAAAGACGGGCAUAAAGAAUGCUAUUCACUUCUUAGAUCUGCAGUUGGUUGGAGAACACCAAUACAGCGCCAGUCUCGUCCACUCACACGAUACAGACACACGUGCUACUAUGAACAUGGCGGUGGGGAAUGGUACGAUCGCUGCAGGACAGGACGGGACCUGUUGCCUCAUGACAUUUAAACUCUGCAAAGAAAAAGGCGUAAAGUUUCAUCAAAACGAUGCAGGGAACAGUGUUGGACAAGGUAAUGCUCGGCAUCGAGCAGGGAAAGGAUCCAACUUGAAACCGGAUGGAGCCGUAGCAUCCGGAGACACGUCAGGCAUGAACGAUGACACGGCUGACGUCACCGUCACCGCCGUGGCCAGCGUGCAGUCAGACUUUAAUGCUCAGGAUCCGCUCCAGAAAGCUGUCAGAUUCAGUCCUGACAUGAGUCUGUUGCUGACCGGAGGCACAGACGGGCACGUCAGAGUUUGGGAGUUUCCAUCCCUUACUAAGAAGUUUGACUUCAAAGCACACACAGGGGAGAUUGAAGACUUUGAUAUGAGUCCAGGGAACAAGCACCUCGUGACUGUCGGCCGAGACUUUGCCUGCUCUGUUUGGAGUGGCAACCAGUUGGUUACGGGUCUUAACUGGCAUGAAACCAUGCCUGAAAUAGCUGAGCAGUCUUAUCGAUAUGUAGCAUGCAGGUUCGGAAGGGUAGAGGACCAAAAAGACACAAUGAGGCUUUACACAGUGCAAAUCCCUCAUAAACGCCAACGAAAACCUCCUCCUUGCUACAUUACCAAGUGGGAUGGGAAGAGCUUGUUGGCCAUGCUGACGUCUACCUGUGGCACGGAGGUUAUCUCCAGUCUGGCUGUUAGUGACUCUGGAACGUUUCUGGGCCUUGGAGCUGUGACUGGAUCAGUAGCAAUCUAUAUUGCUUUUUCCCUACAGAAGCUGUAUUACGUUCAGGAAUCCCAUGGCAUUGUUGUGACGGAUCUGGCUUUCUUGCCUCAUUCCCUGAAAAGCAAAAAUAUCAAGGGCAACAAUGAAGUAGCCAUGUUAAGUGUAGCGGUGGACAGUCGUUGUCAAAUGCAUACUGUUGCCAACCAAAAACACGUCCCUCUCUGGCUGGUGGUUUUCUUCUGUGGCCUCAUGAUGAUUGGAGGAGUCUUCCUGCUACAGUUCCUCUUCCCCGGAUUCAUUUAAAUCGUGCACAUCAUUAGUGCUCAGGAUGAGAGACUUGGGACACAUCUGCAGGUUUUUUAGUAUUAACAACACUCGGCAAGGACAAUAUGGGGUGUAAUUUACUUUAAUCUCUAUCAAUGAUCCUAAAUCUUUUUUUUUUAAUUCACCGAGGGACUGAGCCUGGAGACCGAUUUAGGGCCGAGAUCUUCACAUUUCUCCCUAGAAAUAUGAAUCAAAUACAAAACUUGUAUACAUACACAUAUAUAUAUAUAUAUAUAUAUAUAUAUAUAU